AUGUCUAGGCACUAUCUCCACAAUGAGUUCUACGAGUCAGAACGCUCCCAAGCGCCACAGGGCUCGGGGACCCUCAGUGUUUCCCUACAGUCUCUUAGCCUCACCCUUCACUCAGACACGGACAGGCGACGAUCGUACAUCCCCCCACCACAGAACUCUAGCACCCAACAACAUGACUUCUCCAGAAGAACGACACCGCCUUUCCCGUCAGCUCCAUCCCACGGCCAACCUGUUGGUCUGGAAAACAUGCAACAACAAAAUCAACAAGCACAUUAUGUGUGGGAUAUGUAUGGAGGGAUCUCAACGGCGGCCAAACCGUCACAACCGAACCACUUUUUCGGUCCGUGGGAUCCGUCUAUUUCAGGUGUAGAGCGUAAAUCUCAAGUUCUCCUGAGUGCGCCACAGAUGAUUAUGCCUGAGCACUUCUUCCCGGUCCAAAGUCCAGACGCUCCCUGGUACACUGUACACACAGACACUGCUGAUACUCGGCGUCACUUCUCUACGGACACAGGGCAAACUCGACCUCAGGGGCAGGUUGGGCAGAGGACAGUGCCGCUCAACGGAAGUGUACAAAGGACAUACAAACCUCGUCAAGAGGCUGUGAAAUCAGGGGACAAGCCAUACAUGGGUGAUCGCCCCUGCGGACCAUGUCGCUCAGCAAAGAUACAAUGUGAUCUCAAGCACCCAACCUGUAGUUCAUGCUCAAAAAGGUCUCGACCUUGUACUGCAAGUCUUUGGCGACCUGCACUGACUCGUGCACCAGCGGCUUCAGCACAUGCUGCCCAGCAGGGUUUCCCACCAUUCUCAGGUGGAACUUGCUGGCCGUGUUAUAAGACCAAGGUACGCUGUGAUGGCACCCCGGAGACUUGCGGCCUGUGUCAAAAAAGGAAGAUUGAUUGUUAUGGACGGCCACCAUCCAAUCAUGGUUUCCUCUCCUCUCUACAGACCGGCAGUCGCCAAACCUCAGCCAACUUUGGGUCACAAACUACAUGGUGA